CAGGCCCGGCCCAGGCCGCCCCGCCCCGCCAGGAAGAGGCGUUCAGCACACGGCCCAAGCGAGCCGGGAAUGGAGGAGCUGCUGGAGAGACGCCUCCGCGCUCGGUGAAGAGACCACGACGACCAGGCCGCCGCCGCCCGCCCUCUUCCCUCUUCCCUCCUCCCUCCGACAACGAGCCCCGCCAUGCCAGGCCCCCGGACCCCGGAUCCCCUGCCCCGGAGGCUGCUGCCGCUGCUCCUGCUCCUGCUCGGGCCCCCGAGUUUUGAAAGUACCAGCACAGUAACCCUUCCUGAAACACUAUUGUUUGUUUCUACUCUGGAUGGAAGUUUGCAUGCUGUCAGCAAGAGGACUGGUUCCAUCAAAUGGACUCUAAAAGAAGAUCCAGUCCUGCAGAUUCCAACACAUGUGGAAGAGCCUGCAUUCCUCCCAGAUCCCAAUGACGGCAGCCUGUACACCGUCGGGGGCAAAAACAACGAAGGCCUGACGAAACUGCCGUUUACUAUUCCCGAGUUGGUGCACGCAUCUCCAUGCCGGAGUUCAGAUGGAAUUCUCUACAUGGGUAAGAAGCAGGACAUCUGGUAAGUCGUCUCGCUCAUGACCGCGCGGAAGCAACAGACCUUAUCGUCGCAUUUGAGGACGAGCCUCUGCCCAUCCUCCUCCCUCCUCUAUCUUGGGAAGACAGAGUACACCAUCACUAUGUUUGAUACCAAGAGCCGGGAACUGCGCUGGAACGCUACUUAUUUUGACUAUGCAGCCACUCUUCCUGAGGAGAACGUGGAAUACAAGAUGUCCCACUUUGUGUCCAACGGAGAUGGACUGGUGGUGACAGUGGACAGCGAGUCGGGGGACGUCUUGUGGAUCCAGAACUAUGCGUCCCCGGUGGUGGCCUUCUACAUUUGGCAGCGAGAGGGCCUGCAGAAGGUGCUGCACACCAACGUGGCCGUGGAAACCUUGCGUUACCUCACCUUCAUGUCUGGGGAGGUGGGGCGCAUCACCAAAUGGAAAUACCCUUUCCCUAAGGGAGACCGAGACCAAGGCAAAUUGACUAAAUAUAUCCUUUGUUUCCUUCUAGGCCACCCCUAUGUCGGGAAAUAUUCCACUAGUCUCUAUGUCCCAUCGAUGGUGCACGAGGGCGUUGCAGUCGUGCCGCGCGGCAGUUCGUUUCCCCUGCUGGAGGGGCCUCAGACGGACGGCCUCACCAUCAAAGACAACGGAGAGUGCGUAAUUACCCCCAGUACGGACCUGAAGUUUGCUUCCAGCCUCAAAGGGGAGAACAAGCUGGAUUACUGGAGGAACUAUUGGCUAAAAUGAGGGCACCAUGAAACCCCACUUUCUGCUUCCACCAAGAUUCUGGAGAGGUUUCCCAACAGCCUGCCCAAGCGCGCUGAAAACAUCAUCCCGGCUGAAUCCGAGAAAAAAAGUUUCGAGGAGAAGGUUAUCGAUAUUGUCGAUGAAACUUCGGGGAUUUGCCUCCCACGACUCUCAAGAUAUUGAAGAGACGCUCAUCCACGAGCUCUCUGCCAAACCUGAGGCCCCAGUGGACUCAUGUUGAAGGACAUGGCUACGAUCAUCCUGAGCACCUUUCUACUUGUGGGAUGGGUUGCCUUCAUCAUCACCUACCCCAUGAGUAUGCAUCAGCAACAGCAGCUCCAACACCAGCAGUUCCAGAAGCAGUUGGAGGAGAAGAUCCAGCUCUUGCAGCAACAGCAGCUUCCCUUCCACCCAGCUGGUGACCUGGCCCAGGACCCGGAUUUCCUGGACGUGGCCACCUGCGGGCAUUCGGAGAGCUCAGCCACCAGCAGCCCCAAUGUGUCCCCCAGGGCUUCCAACCACUCGCUGCACCAACACCUCUGUGACCCGGGAGCAAGAAGAAGCCAGGUAAGCAAGCGUCCUUCUCUUCCCCAUCACCUCCCCCAUGACGAGACCAAUGUGGUGGUGGUUGGGAAGAUUUUUUGCCCAAGGGACGUCCUGGGACACGGUGCAGAGGGCACGAUCGUGUACAGAGGCAUGUUUGACAACCGAGACGGCGUGAAGAGGAUCCCUCCCGAGUGCUUCAGCUUUGCGACCCGGGAGGAGUUGCUGCGGGAGUCGGACGAGCACCCCAAUGUAAUCCGCUACUUCUGCACAGAGAGAGACAGACAGUUCCAGUACAUCGCGAUCGAGCUGUGUACGGCCACCUUGCCAAGAGUACGUGGGCAGAAGGACUUCUCUCACCUCGGAUUAGAGCCAAUCACAUUGUUGCAGCAGACGACGUCGGGUCUUGCUUACCUGCACUCCCUCAGCAUCGUUCAUAGGAGACUGAAACCACACAACCUUCUCAUCUCCCAUGCCCCAACGCCCACGGCCCAGAUCAAAAGCCUGAUCUCUGACUUUGGCCUGUCAAGAAGUUGGUCGGUGGGCAGGCACGACUUCAGUCGGCCGCUCCGGAGUGCAGGGACAGAGGGCUGGAUCGCUCCAGAGAUGCUGAGUGAAGAUCUGCAAGGGAGACCUACUUACACAGUGGAAAUCUUCUCUGCGGGUUGUGUGUUUUACUACGUGGUAUCCGACGGCAAUCCGUUUGGCAAGUCCCUGCAGCGGCAAGCCAAUCUCCUGGGCGCAUACAGCCUGGACUGCCUGCACCCAGAGAAGCACGAGGACAUUAUCGCUCACGAAUUAAUAGAGAAGAUGAUCGCGAUGGAUCCUCAGAAACGGCCUUCGGCUAAGCACGUGCUGAAACACCCGUUUUUCUGGGGUCUGGAGAAACAGCUGCAGUUCUUUCAGGAUGUGAGCGACCGAAUAGAAAAGGAAUCCUUAGAUGGACCAAUAGUUAAACAGCUGGAAAGAGGAGGGAGAUAUGUGGUCAAAAUGGACUGGAGGGAAAACAUCACCGUUCCUCUCCCCACAGAUCUCCGGAAAUUCCGAACCUACAAAGGUGGCUCCGUGCGAGAUCUCCUCCGUGCCAUGAGAAAUAAGAAGCACCACUACCGGGAGCUCCCCGAGGAGGUGCAGGAGACCCUGGGCUCCAUACCCGAUGACUUUGUGCGCUAUUUCACAUCACGGUUCCCGCACCUCCUCGCUCACACCUACCGUGCCAUGCAGCUGUGCAGCCAAGAACGGCUCUUCCAGCCCUACUAUUCCCAGGAACCCAGAGAGCCCAGAGGAGAGCCCGGCCCCCCCGUGACGUUGGAUGGCCUCUGAGGAAGGCCCAGCCUCUCUGUCCGUGGCAGCCUGUGUGAAGACCGUGGGGGACAGUCCAGGAAGAUCAGGGGCCCGGGCCCCCACUGGGGCCACCUGAGUCGGAAGAGGCCGAUCUCGCUGCCUAAACCAAGUGCCUUGUGCCUCUUGCCCUGCCCCCCGGCGUAGACGAGCUGGACCGACCCCGGAAAGCAGAGACGUGGUUCCUUGUGCCCAGCAGGUGAUCCCAAGGACGGUGAACGUGGACAGAGCCCGGACUGCUAGAGCUGCCCCGAUGGACAGGGCCCAAGCUGCCUACAGAAGAAGCCAUCCUGUUCUCUUCCCGGAUGGCUGGACUCAGUUGGGGAUAGGGGAACGGCUUCCACUGUCUCUUUCUUUUCCUGUCAUGGUUCAUGGCAGAUUUGUCUGCCAGGGCCCAGAAGCUGCGGGAAGGGGAGUGCCUCUGGGCUGUGGGUGCCUCAGCUAAGUCUGGCCUUCCUCCAAGGGUCUCUGCCGGCAGAAGAGAGCAGCAGUGGGGAAGGGGACAGAAGGAAAACCUCCAGGGAGCUUUCUGGGGCAGUGGAAUGCUUGUUGGCUCGUCCUUAGCAUCCAGUAGCAGAACUUGUCCAAAGAGCUUAGGAGGAGGUGCCGGAUCAUCUGUGACGCCCAUGGAAGAUACCAACUGAGAGUCUCCCCCCCCCCCCCCCCCCCCAGGGGCAGUGACCCUUCUGAGCCCAGGCAGUCAGUGUCAGGGAGUCAAUGGGGGCCACCGCCCGUCCGAGCGCUUAGUAUGCAUUUCGCUCUCGGCAGGCGCUCAGUAAGUACCACUGAUGGAUUGACUAAUAGUCUCCUUGGAAGAGCGGAUAAGUAGCCAUUUUGGAUGGCUGGGCCCUGAUGGCUCGCCUUUUUACCCUCCUAUUAAAUGGUCUUACAAGCCUGGAAGUGCUACUACGUGGGCCAGUACAGGCAGAGGAGGUGGGUGGUAUGUAUCCCCGAGCGAUGAGAAGGCUGAAGAGCUGAAAGCCAGCAAAUGAGCAAGGGGGCCAAAGCACCUCCCGCAGUGUCCUGCAGAGACUACUGGCCUCUUCUAUUGCAGGCUCUGGGCUGGCAUGGCCUGACCUGUUGAUAGCUAAGCUUGCGAGGUCGGAAGACAGGCUUCACAAUCAAAGAAUGCUAAGUCCUAAUGGCUGGAGAGCCGUGUGAGGGCCAGCUUGGGGGGGUUCAGGAAAAGUGAAAGUUGAGCCCACCUUGCUCACCUAUUGGCUGGCUGCAGCCUACCCUUCCAGCGCUCCAGAGCCAUGACCGGAAGGGAACCAACGCGUUAGGGACCGACCAGGGCGCCGCAGGUCCAUAUAUGAUUCUCGUGUAUUAUAUUCGCCACGACCUAUUUAUUUAUCCUAUUUAUAUUUAUUUAAUUUUUACUCGGCCGGGGUAUCGUCUAAAAACUGUAUGAGCAUAACGCAUGCCCCAAUUUGAUUUCUUCUUUCCUAAUCAUUUAAAACCAAACCGUAACUGGACGGGGAAAAAAGACUGGAUUUUUGUUGCACAUGAGUGAAUCUUUUUCAUUUUGUCAUAAGGGAGUAAAUCACUGGGUUCGGGGAAAGUUCAUAUUUUUAUGGGGUUUGAUACAAAAUCUUGUGCCAUUGUGUCCUUCAUUUUUAAAUGAACGGUUAAUCGUGCGGAUGGGCAGUGUUAAAAGGGUUGUUUGUCAAUUGUCGAAUGCAAUCUUCCUCCUGUUGAAGCUUUACAUUUCUAAAAGCCGAUAUCCAGGCAAAAGGUCCGGGUUGCGCAGUUUUUACGUGGAUUUUUAAAGCUCUGAAAGCUUGAAGGCUAUUUUGGAGUAAACUAAAGUUGUUGGAACAUAUUUUUGUACCACUGAUUUAAAGCUCUUUUAUAAUUCUGAUAUUGAUGCAGAUUGCCCCAGCAAGCUACAAAUAAAGGUAGAUUUAGACUUGG